GCUAACAGAUGAGAGGAGCAAUUGGAAGAAGAUUGUCGAACCCUAGCAAUGGCUUUAGCCUUGCCUCCAUAGUCAAGCUCGCUCCAUUUCUCGUCCAACCUACUUCUCACUUCUCCUCAUCCUCCUCCGACGGCGGCGCUGGCCGUGGCCGUGGACGCGGCGGUUCCGGAUCCCCCGUCGCUGGAGCGGGGCAGUUCGGUUUCAAUCGCGAACCGGAAAAAGCGAACGAACCGGUCGGUCAAGCACGUGGCUCGUCGGAAUCGGAAUCGCAAUCGCAAUCUCCAGGAGGAUACGGUCGUGGUCGUGGCCGCCCGAUCCAAUCCGAUCCGAUCUCUCCUCCGUUCUCCUCAUUUGUCAAACCAGACUCGCAUAGCGUUGGCCGCGGAAGAGGAUCCCUCGGAUCAGACCCCGUUUCACCUUUCUCUCCUGAGCCUCCUCGCCAUCCAGCUCCUCCACAGCCGCAGCAAACGCGUUUCGAACCAGCCAAGGAUGGCGUUCAGGGAAGUCCUCCAUUUGCGAAGCUUGAGGCUACAAAGGAUGCAACUUCGCCGCCACCACCAGGGGCUCCGAACAACAUAUCCAAUGCUUUAGGAAGUGGAGCAGGUCGAGGAAAACCAGACACCCGCCACAUUCAACGCUCUCCUCAGCGUCAGAAGCGAGUUCAACCGCCCAAGGAUACAACUCCACGACCCCAACUGAGUCCGGAAGAAGCUGGAAGAAGAGCAAGGAGCCAGCUUUCCCGCGGCGAAGCUGAAGGAGGCAGCGGUGGUGGUGUGAGGGGAAGAGGAGGAGGCAGGGGAAGAGGGAGAGGAGCGAGAGGGAGAGGCAGGGGGAGAGGUGGCGAAGGGUGGAGAGAUGAUAAGAAAGAAGAGGAAGCUGAACAAGAGGCUUUGAGUGUGUUCGUUGGAGAUAAUGCUGAUGGAGAGAAGUUUGCUAAGAAGAUGGGAGAUGAGAUUAUGGCACAGUUAGCUGAAGGUUAUGAGGAUAUCUGCGAAAGGGCUUUGCCUUCUACUGCUCAUGAUGCCUUGGUUGAUGCUUAUGAUACUAAUCUCAUGAUUGAGUGUGAGCCAGAAUAUUUGAUGCCUGACUUUGGAUCAAAUCCUGACAUUGAUGAGAAGCCACCAAUGCCUCUGCGUGAGUGUCUUGAGAAGGUGAAGCCUUUCAUAGUGGCUUUAGAGGGGAUCAAGGAUCAAGAAGAAUGGGAGGAAGCAAUAGGUGAAGCGAUGGCGGAAGCUCCCCGUAUGAAAGAGAUUGUUGAUCACUACAGUGGUCCUGAUAGGGUAACAGCUAAGAAACAGAACGAGGAACUCGAUAGGAUUGCUACAACAGUUCCCCAAAGUGCACCUGAUUCUGUGAAACGAUUUGCAGAUCGUGUUGCUCUUAGCCUCAAGAGUAAUCCUGGGUGGGGAUUUGACAAGAAGUACCAGUUCAUGGACAAGCUCGUUUUGGAGGUGUCACAGAACUACAAAUAGAGAACUUAAGGUUUCAAAGACAUUCUUAAAAAGCUUAAUCGUCGCAGCUGAGUUUAGAUUCGAAUGAAGAAUCUUGUCUCUACUUAAACGAUAGUUUGGCCUUUUUGAAAGGUCUCACCUUUCACCUUUCACCUUUUUUUCAUUAUACGUUGUCAAGGUUUCCAUAAUAAUGGCAUUGUUCUUUCGAUAUUGUAACUCAAGAGAUCGUUUUCCUUCUGUU